AUGCUACUUACAGCAACAUGCACACAAUCAGAAGUAGAUGAAAUUCGUGCAAAUUUGGCUAUUGAAGAGGAUAAUUUUGCAAUAAUUUGUAGUUCUACAAGUCACCGACCAGAGAUUAUUUUUAAUGUACAAGAGAGAAAGGAAAUCCGAGAUCAAUAUAUUAAUGACAUUAUUGAUAUCAUAAAUGCCAAUUUACUUGGACAUAUUAUUAUUUAUUGUGCAACACAUUUCAGUUGUGAGUAUUUGUACAGCAAGUUACAGGAAAAUUUAACAGAUGUUUCAAUAGGUUACUUUCAUGGUAGUUUACGUGAUGAUGAAAGAGAAACAACAAUGAAUAAUUGGACAUCUAAUCAAAUACAAAUAAUGGUUGCAACAUCUGCCUUUGGAAUGGGAAUCAAUUCAAGCAAUAUACACGUAGUGAUUCAUGUAGGAGCACCGAUGAGUAUAACUAAUCUUAUUCAAGAGGCAGGUUGUGCAGGUCAUGAUGGAAAUACAGCAACAAAUGUCAUUUUCUAUAGUAAAAAAGAUGUUUGUAUAAAUUAUUCUAUAGUGGCAGAACAUCGGGAAAUGUGA